AUGUUUGGAACAACCGGCGGUGUGGCUGUAAUGAACUUGGUGUUGCUGUUUUGUCUCUUCUUUUACAUCCGAAGCGUCAGCACAGUCGCCCCAGCCAAGGUAGGGUUAAAAUACGAUAAAUUAUUACAUUUGAAAUAUGAUUAAGACAAUCUUUGUUUCUUCUGGGGAAAAAACUUUCGAUUACCAGCUAUAAGAUGGCUAUAAUUUAUGUCAUCACAGUGUUCCUUCUUACUUCUCACAGUACUCUCCACGACGCAUCGCGAACAACGGAAGCUUCCUGACAUAUUUGUUAAAAAAUGCUUGAUACGAUAAGAGGGCAACCAGCUAUAAAUUCUUGGAAGAUUUCCACUUGAUUUAUUAAUUAACGAGGAAGACUUUCUUUGUUUACUUAGGGCGUGGAUUUUGCGUAUGUGGUCUGAGUGGUGUCAUCGUUGACCUUCAGUAUCUUCUUCUUAUUUUUUGGUUUUAUUCAUGUAUUCUUUAUUUUAUUUUUACCUAACUUAGGAAAAAGUGAGACUUUUUCCAUUUCGGAUUGUGACUCUUUUUCCGCGUCCUUGGUUAUCAGGGACCGCGGAGGGGGAGGGGCUGGUAGGGCCGCGGCCCCACCACUUUUUUGGGCCCCCGCCCCCACUUUUUGCAAAUCAAAUACUAUGAUUUUAUUCCUUUUUUCGAUUUUGAAUAUGAAAAAAUUAUUUUCAAUUGUCAGCCCUCCCACUUUUCACCUUGCUCUGCGGUCCCUUGUUAUUGAUGGAUGCGACUUGUUUCCCCUAACUUUUUUUUUUAAAAUCUAAAAACAACUUUUGCGACACUUUUUUUCACUGCUGGCUGGGUAUUUUAUAUACAUUCCUUAAAGGGCCAUCCUGGAAAAGGCGCAAUGAACAUUCAAACUAGAGGGAGUUGCGUGAUUUUUAUUUAAUAUAUGCGCGUCAAUCAGUUAUUUUAGAUUAGAUAACCAUACUUUUUUAUUUAACACACCCUCAUAUUUCGAGUGCCACGCAAUAUCUAGGCUGUGUUUUGCUUUCGUUUGGUCUUACAAAUUAUUUAUUUCACAGAAUCCCAGUUUGUGCGCGCAAAGAGCAACUGGACUUCCCGGACGAAAUGGUGUGAAUGGACAUAAUGGGUUACCAGGCCGUGACGGUCGAGAUGGUGCAAAGGGUGAGAAAGGCUUGCCAGGUCCAUCUGGGCCACGUGGUUUUAAAGGAGAAGCGGGUGAGAAGGGUGUGGCAGGGACACCUGGACCACGUGCUGUUAAAGGAGAAGCGGGUGAGAAGGGUGUGCCAGGUCCACCUGGACCACGUGGUAUUAAAGGAGAAGCGGGACCAGUUGGAAAGGUCGCUGCUGAACAAAGAAACUGGAAACAGUGUGCGUGGAAAAAGCAAGAAAACAAAGAUAUUGGCCUUAUUAAG